GUAGACCUUGUAGUUCUUCAGCAUUUUAUGUCGGCCCUCAAAUGGAGAAAUUAUAUGUGAAGUCCUGUGAAUCACUCAUAUAAUAUAUUAAAUCCAUUAUUAUUCUUUGAUUAUUAGUAUAUCAUUUCGGUUCAGUAAAAAUAUUCUUCAUAAGCGUCCGUCCUGUGAGCAUGGCUUAAGUGAUAAGAUCCAGGGAAAAAUCGCACUCACAUAAAUUAAUUUAGCAUGACUGACUGUAUUCAAUUCUAUUUUUUUACUGAUUUCACAUAUUCGCAUAAUUUCCAAUGUUAACGUAAAUAUUUUGUUCAUUUCUUCUUACAACGUGCCAAAUAUCGAUUUUUUCGUUUUGAUAUAAUUUAGAAAUCGAAUAAAUCAAAUUGCAAAUUAAGCAAUAAAUUUACUGCAAUUUCUCAUCCAAAUUGCUGCUAUCUGUGAAAAAAGUAAAAUUAUUAGUAAUAAAUUAAUGUUUGUUAUUCAAAAUUUGAUAACACAUUAAAACUUUUGCACUGAAAUUUCUUAUUUAUUUGCGAUAAAAUUAAAAAAUAGUUGAUUUCUGGCUUCGUGCUUCUAUGACCGCUGAGUCGAAACGCGUAAACUUUCAUUUGUAUACUUUCACAACUUCCGCAGAACAAUGUUUUAUUCAACAAUUUUGAUACUAGUUUUCUUAAUUUGUAAUUCUUUAACAAUUCCAAUUAUUAAUUUAACUUAUGGUGGAAAAAAUGCUAAAGAAGGACAAUUUCCACAUCAUGUAUCAAUUUUAUAUGAGGAUGAGCAUAUUUGUGGUGGAUCAAUAAUUCAUAAAUAUUGGGUAUUAACUGCAGCUCAUUGUUUUGACGGAGAUUCAAAUUUGAAAAAUUAUAAAAUUUCCGCUGGUAGUGUAAUGUAUAAAAAUGGUAUAAAAUAUAAAAUUUUAAAAUACAUACCACAUGAAAAUUAUACCUUCGAUAAGAAUGAUAUUGCUCUAAUAAAAAUUUCGGGUGCCGGUUUCAGUUUUAAGAAUCCACAAAAAAUUAAUAAAAUUAAAUUAAUGUUAAAUGAAAUACCAAUUGGUGCAAAAAUUAUAAUAUCAGGUUGGGGUUAUAAUAAUAAAAGUGAGGAACCACCGGAUCAUUUACAAUUUUCCGAUAAAUUAGUAAAUGAUAAAGCAGAUAAUUGUGAUGAAAUUUAUGAAAAUCUUAAUAAAAGGAAUAUUUUAUGUUUGAAGCAUGAUAUGGGAAUUGGUGCUUGUUAUGGUGAUAGCGGUGGUCCAGCACACUAUAAAGGUAAAUUGGCUGGUGUUGCUAAUGCUGUUUAUGCAACUGGAUGUGCAACUGAAAAUCCAGAUAUUUAUAAUUAG